AUGGAAGCGGAAUUAGAUGAGACUCUGGUGGAGGAGGACAGACCAAUUGAUAUAAAUAAUGGUACUGGAAAUGACAUUGUAGCCGAGACGGAAGAGACAACCGCUAAAGAAGAAGUGCAAACACAAGACGAGGCACAAGACGAACCACAAGACGAGGCACAAGACGAACCAGAAGACCAACCACAAGACGAACCACAAGACGAACCACAAGACGAAAUGGAGAAUAGUGGUACCGAAAACGACAGUAGUGAAGAUGAAGAAGAUGAAGAAGAUGAACCUCCUACACUCAAAUAUACCCGAUUAAACCAACUUCCAGCCAAUUUCUUUAAUAAAGAUCCUAUAUCAACGAGUACAUUUCAUGAAUCAUAUUUUAUAUUUGCAACUCAUUCAGGUAUAAUUCAUAUAUGUCGACCAGAUUUUAAACCAGUAAGAACAUUUAAAGGUCAUAGAGCUUCAGUAUUAUCUAUAUAUACUGAUGGGAUAUUUUUUGCAACUGGAUCAAUGGAUGGUACAGUUGUAAUUGGCUCAAUACUUGAUGAAAAGGAUAUAAUUGCCUAUGAUUUUCAAAGACCCGUUCAUGGAGUUGUACUUGAUAAGAAUUAUUAUAAGACAAGAAGUUUUAUUAGUGGAGGAAUGAGUGGGAAAGUAAUUUAUUCAAGUAAAGGAUGGUUAGGUAAGAGAACUGAUGUCAUAUUACAAGAAGAUCAUGGACCAAUUGUUGGUAUUUAUCUUAUUGAUGAUAUUGUACUUUGGAUGAAUGAUAAUGGAAUAACUGUAUUUCAUUUAACUGCCCGUCAAACUAUAUCAAUUAUAGAAAAACCUGAAGAUUCUCCUCGUAGUGAUUUAUAUUGGCCAAGAGUUACUUAUCCUGAAGUUGAUCGAGUAAUAAUUGCUUGGGGUAAUUAUAUUUGGUCUUUAAGAGUAUCACUUAAAGGUAAUGAUGAAAAAGAUGCAGUUACACCUAAUGGUUCAACUAUGGGAAGAAUAUUACCAUCGACUGCUAGUAUAUCAUUUCGAGCUAUUCAAGAAAAGAAAGUUGAAGUAGAACAUAUAUUUAAAUUAGAUUAUUUAAUUAGUGGAAUAUCAAGUUUUAAAGAUGAUUUAUGGAUGGUUUUAAGUUAUGAACCACCAACAAUUGAAGAUAAUAAGAGAAUAUUUCAUAAUCCAGAAUUAAAAUUAAUUAAUUCAUCUACAGGAGAAACUACUUUUGAAGAAGAAUUAGGAUUAAAAAAUAUUAAUAAUCUUGGAUUAAAUGAUUAUAGUUUAGGAUAUCAUAUUGCCACCAAUCCUAAAUAUUAUAUUAUAAGUGCUAAAGAUGCAGUUAUAGCUGAAGAAUUACAAAUGAGUGAUCGUUUAAAAUGGUAUAUUGAUAAAGAGAAAUAUUAUGAAGCAUGGAAUAUUAGUGAACAUUUAGUGUCGCCUAUUAAACGAUUAAAUUAUGGAAUUCAAUAUGUUGAUAAUUUAAUUCAAACUAAUGAAUGGGAAUCGGCAAUUACUUUCUUAUCUCAAUUACUUUAUCUUGAUGAUAAUAAAUUACCUGAUGGUGAUACAAGGAGUACAACUAUUACAAGUCGUACUUCAAGUAGUCAAGAAGAAAGAGAUACUUUUAUUAAGGAAAUAGUAAAUCAAUGGCAAAUAUGGUCAGGGAUAUAUAUCAAGUCAGGUCAUAUACCUGAGAUUACAGAUAAACUUCCAACUUCAACCAAAUUGAGUUUAUCACGAGAUAUUUAUAAUAAUAUCUUAGAAUAUUGGGUAGAAACCAAUCCAGAAAAAUUUAAUGAGUUAAUUCUGAAAUGGGAUAUUGAUCUCUAUGAUCAUUUAACCAUUGAAUCAGAACUUGAACAAAUAUUAAACUAUAAACAAAAUGAUCAAGGGUUAAGACAAAGUUUAACUCAUCUUUAUACUAAAUCUUAUCAACCUAUUAAAGCAGUACCACAUUUAAUUAUAUUAAGAGAUGAAAAUAUAAUUCAAUUUUUAUCAGAUAAUCAUAUUUUAGUUAACUUUUUAUCUGAUUUACCUAGUAUUGUUAAACUCCGAUUCAAAGAUGAAGAUGAAAUUAAUAGAUUGCCUAUCAAUAGAUUACAAGAAUCAUUGAAUGAUAUCAUUGAUAUACUUGUUAAUUAUCGACAUGAAAUCAGUCCUCCAACAAUAGUUAACUUAUUUCAACAAGCUCACUUAAAUUUUAUGAAUUACUUCUAUCUUGAGAAAUUAAAUCUAAUUGAUGAUUUCUUAGUUGAAACAUUUGGAAAUGAACGAAUUAAAUUAUAUUCUCAAUAUAAUCGAUCAUUAUUAUUACCAUUCUUAAUGAAGAGUGGAACGAGUGGUAAUGCCAAUAAUUCAUAUGAUAUUUCUCAAGCCAUUGAAUUAUGUGAAGAAAAUGAAUUCACUGAAGAAUUGGUUUAUUUAUUAGGACGAAUUGGAGAGAAUAAUCGAGCAUUAAUGUUAAUUAUUGAUAAAUUGGAAGAUCCUGUUAAAGCAAUUGAAUUCACUAAGAGUCAAAAUGAUCAUGAGUUAUGGAAUCUGUUAUUAGAUAAUUCAAUGAGUCGUCCAAGUUUUAUCAAAGCAUUAAUUGAAAAUUCUGAUGAUAAUACUAAUAUUUAUUAUGAUCCUAUAACAAUUCUUAAAAGAAUGCCAGCAGAUAUUGAAAUCUCCGGAUUGAAUAAAUCAAUUAUUAAAUUCUCAAAUAAUAAUGAUUUGAAUUUAUUAUUAAAUCAAUUAAUUUUAAAGUUAUUCUAUAAACAAGCAGAACAGGCUUCAGUAGAGUUUCGAUCACAAGCACUUAAAGGAUGGGAAGUUGAAGUGAAAAAUUUACAAGAUUUGAUUUCAGCAUUUGAAACUAUUCUAAUAUUUAAGAAUAGUUCCAAUUCUACCAUUGAAUAUAAGUUAGCUGAUGGAAAUGACCAGCACAAAUAUCAUAAUGUGGUAUUCAGCAAUUUAGAAAAAAAAUUGGCUCAUUUGAGGGAAUUGCAAAUAGCUUCAGAACCAUGA